AUGCCGGGACCAAACAGCAGAAGCAAUCGAUUUAAGAACACUCUGAAAACAACGCUACGGCAGCAGCAGUUUCUCAAUCGCCUGGUGAGUGAUGACUCACUGUACCCGAUUGCCGUUCUCAUCGAUGAACUUCGCAAUGAGGAUGUGCAUCUGAGAUUGAACAGUAUCCGCAAGUUGUCUACUAUCCCUCUUGCGCUCGGAGAGGAACGCGCUUGA